AUGCAUUAUUUGACGCUUCUCUUGACGGCGAUUCCAGCUGUGGGCCUUCUCCUGAACAUCUUCCUGUUCUACGUGAUUUGGACGAAUCGGCGAGUGGCGAGCGCCUAUUCGGGUUUCCUCAUGAUCAGCACCAUCUACACGUUCUGCUAUGCUCUUGGCACGAUGACCGUUGACCCAAUGUUUGUGAAUGACAACCACGGCUACACAAUAUUCAGCCUUCGUUUGGUGACAUUCGGUGCUGAAUGGAGCCGUUACGGGGCCAUCGCUCAGAAUCUCAUUUUUUGUGCUGGUUUCGUUUUCUCUUUCGUUCACACUCUCUAUAGAUAUUGCACGAUCACUGGAAAAAUGUCCUUCAUUUUCGAUACAAAACUCGGUCUCUUCUUUGUGAUCUUCUCUCCAAUUGCCUUCAGUGCUCUCUGGCUUUUCAUGAUCAUCGCUACACAAGAGCCAACCGUGGAACGACUCGGUGAUCGAGCUCGAAUGAUCUAUGAAAUGUUUCAAGUGAAUCUCACAACCGAUGGCUUCACUGGGGGACAAUUCUGGGAUACUGAUGGUAUUCGAUGGUUGGAUUUAAAUGGAGCUCUAGCGCUGUCUUUCAUGUCCGGCAUCAUUUUCCAAUUGAACGUUUUUAUCACUUGGAAACUCCAUGGACACGUGAAAACGGUCGUUUGUUCACAGGCCACUCGAGAGGCUCAAGCACAACUCGUGGCCAUCUUGACUGCCCAGUUGUGCGUCACGUGUAUCACGGAGAUAAUCCCAUGUACAAUGGUGAUAUGGGGAGGAUUUCUUGGUCUGAGCUCCCUGUGCCCAUACAGUCCCGUGAUCGCCAAUCUGUUCCCUACAUUCAACGUGUGCAUCAUCGUCCUCCUAGUGAAGGCAUUCCGUCUCCGAACCCUCGAGAUCUUCAGCUUCUGCAUUAAAAUCAAGGCGAAGGAAACUUUUCACUCCGCUUACUCGAUCACUUCCAUCAAUCCAUUUGUGGUCGACAAAGGAAAUGCUCCGCAA